UCUUGACCAGCCUUCCGGCCGCUCUACAAGCACAUGCGCAUUUCUUUCUUGAACUCUCAUGUACUUUCCGGGCUCGCAUAGUAACCUUCAGAUACUCAAAUAAUUUCCGCGAAGCCAUCCUCUGGCCAAAGAGCUGUACGUUUACAACCGCUGGCGCGCCCAUACGCAAGUCCAGGAUUGUCUAUUCACCCUUCAAGAACAUCGUCCGGGGCACAAAAAUUAUUGGUUAAAAUAUCACCAUGGCUCCGAAGCCCCGGCCUGUGCAAAGUCGACUCUCGUCUGCCGCAAAAGACGGUAUAAAUCAACUUCAAAAAACUCCUAAUCCCCAAGUCAUGCCUCCUCCUCCCCUACCCGCCAGUGCCCCCGCCGCCCCGCCUCCGCCGAAGGGCAUUCUCGUACCAGAAGCUACAGCGCUUUCGAAUUGCCUCCGAUCGGCAGUGGUGAAGACGGGACAGGUUGUGCAGUUCUACGCGGAUACAAAGAAGCUUGGAAUCCACCGCUAUACUCCAUAUCCUCCGCGCACCCUAACGUCAUCUCUCGGGCGGGAGGUCGAGAAAUAUGGCCAACUCUGCGACGCAAUUCAGUCGCAACUGCGCCGCGCUAUCACUGUGCUUCAACGUGACCUCAAACGAGAGCAAGACCGAAUCGAAGCUGCAGAGGCAGAAGCCGCCGCUCGGGCGGCUGCAGCUGCGGCGCCGCCACCCCAGGAAGAAACAUCCCUCAUUUCUCCCGCCCAGGAGGGCGAAUCAGCGACCGUUUCUCUCCCUGGGCAGGCGCAGAAGACCCCAGGCUUACCCGCGCGUCGUCAAUCUACUAUAUCUCUUUCUUCUCUCCAUCGCCCGCCGUUCCCUCACAAACUCGACCUGUCAGCUGCCACGCUGCGUCUUGACCCCAACGACCCCCUGCUCCAGCCGGGAUUGUCGUCGCCCGUUACACUCGCACCCAAGUCCAGCAUAUCCAAGGUACCACCCGACUUCACGUUCGGCGCACCGCAGGACGUCGACAUCGAUCUCACCCUGGGAGACGACGUAGUCCCAUCUGCUAGCGGCGUCGUCGACACUGCGCUGGGUAGCUCUGCGGACAAGCCUAUAGAGCUCGACCUUGACCUCGACAUGGAUAUCUUUGGCGACCCGCAUGCAGCUGGGGACAUCGCCGCAGCGGGAGGCCAUGUUGGUCUUGGCGGCGCAGAUGUCGUGCCGAAGCAAGAGCAGAUCGAUCUGGACCUCUUUUCGGGCUACGAGCGGUCUUCGGACAGCAAUACAGCCAAAGCAGAUGCAGAGUUGCUCGCUGCCGCUCAGGCUAUACCUCCGCACGAAGGACAUUCGUCGUCCGGUCCGUCCCAGUCCGACCCGAACCAGCAAAGCCAGAGUGGCGAUGCGUCGGCGUUGACUCAGCCAUUUCCUUCCAUGUUGGAGGCUAUCAACGCUGCUGCCGCUGAUAUGGGGCAGUCAGGCACCGAUAGCGGUGCGGCGCCACCAGGUUCGGAAAAUUUCGAUUUUGGAGGUUUUGAGUUUCUGGCGGACGGCUCGAUGGACACUUCCGCUAUGGACAUACAGAUGCAAGAUUUGUUCGACAUGAACACUAACGUUACAGAUCCUCGCCCUCCGCAAGCGUCAUAGUCGAGUUGUAUGCCUUUUAGAAUCAUGUCUCCUGGCUCUAGAUCGUUCAUAGGAUUGCUGCUCUCGGUGUAAUCACUACGCUUCAAUCGACACUGACUGAAUGAGCUCCGGUUUUCUUCGACGUUAUUACAGUAAGGCAGGCCCGGCUGACAAGUACGGCCGUAAGUGAGUACGACUGAUAAGAAAAUUUACUUGAGAAACGAUCACUCCAAGAUCCUUAUUCCACCCAUCUCUCGCGUAACGUUCUCCAGUUCUGCAUCAAUGGACCAUCUCGGUGGUCCUGAAUGCACUUGAGUGUGCUUCCGCUUGUCAGGUUCGGCCGAGUCGGUGUCAGCACCAUCUAGAGGCACAUCACAGGGCGAGUUCAAGACCGUCGAUACACGUGCAGAUGGUUCCGAUACAAAAACCGC